AGGCGCCGGCGCCGGGAGCAUGGGACGGCGCGCCUGAGAGAGCAGGGGUGAGGAAGGGGCCUGGGACCCCGAAAGGAAAAGCGAGGAAGGGGCACGUGAGCGGAGGAGGAGAUGCAACUGACUCGCUGCUGCUUCGCGUUCCUAGUGCAGGGCAGCCUCUAUCUGGUCAUCUGUGGCCAAGAUGAUGGUCCCCCAGGUGCAGAGGACCCUGAGCAUGAUGACCGCGAGAGCCAGCCUCGGCCCCGGAUGCCUCGGAGGCGGGGCCACCUCUCCCCUAAGUCCCGCUCCAUGGCCAAUGCCACCCUCUUAGGGCUUCUGGCUCCACCUGGGGAGGCAUGGGGGACCCUUGGGCAGCCCCCCAACCGUCCAAAACACAGUCCCCCACCCUCAGCCAAAGUGAAGAAAAUCUUCGGCUGGGGGGACUUCUACUCCAACAUCAAGACGGUGGCCCUCAACCUGCUCGUCACUGGGAAGAUCGUGGACCACGGCAACGGGACCUUCAGCGUCCACUUCCGGCACAACGCCACGGGCCAGGGCAACAUCUCCAUCAGCCUGGUGCCCCCCAGUAAAGCGGUAGAGUUCCACCAGGAGCAGCAGAUCUUCAUCGAAGCCAAGGCCUCCAAAAUCUUCAACUGCCGGAUGGAAUGGGAGAAGGUGGAGCGGGGCCGCCGGACCUCGCUGUGCACCCACGACCCGGCCAAGACCUGCUCCCGCGACCACGCCCAGAGCUCAGCCACCUGGAGCUGCUCCCAGCCCUUCAAGGUCGUCUGCGUCUACAUCGCCUUCUACAGCACGGACUACAGGCUGGUCCAGAAGGUGUGUCCCGACUACAACUACCACAGCGAUACCCCCUACUACCCCUCUGGGUGACCCCGGGCAGGCCGCAGAGGCCAAGUCAGGGCUGGAGGGACAGUCUGCCCAGCAGGAGGCCAUCGUCUGGACACUGGGCAGAGGCGGGGAGGGGGGUGGACAGGAGGAGAGGUCAAGUGGGGCCGGGACCAAGUCUCCAGGGGCACCGGAGGGGUCCCAGGUGCUGGCCGGGCCCGAGGCUGUGGCCCGGGGCGCAGGAGCACCGAAGGAGGAGUUUCCUGCGCAGCUUUAUGUGACUUCCCCACCCAGCUGAGGGUGGGCAGAUGCUGGGCCCCGAGGCCCUUGGGUAGACAGACCAGCGUGACCCCAGAUAAGGUCAUGGGGAGGAGCCUAAAACCUUGGCUCCUCCCUGCUGUCCUGAAAAGGGACGGCAGCGAGGAGAAGGGGAUUUCAUCAGCGUGGACACCCCCUAAGCGCCAAAGUCGGGCUUCCUGGGAGCCAGCACUCAGGGUGGCAACGGGAGGAACUCUGCAGCCCUCCCCACUGGGCAGCCCCCAGUCUCUUGUCCUGGACGGUGGGCUGAAGGUGGCUUGAGACUCGAGCGCUGUCCCAUGGAGCCACUGAUGUCUUGACCCCCUGCCUCUAGCCAGGCCACCCCUUUCCAGAAUUUCCUCUCGUGCCAUUGCCCCCCACCUCUACCCACCCUCGAGCUGGCAGGACGCUGUCCCAAGACGGAGGGCAGUGGUGGGUCUCCCAGCACCACGGCCACCGUGGACACUCAUGUGUGCGGUCCCCCCUGCUGGCUCCUCCAGGAGCGUCCUUGUCCAGUGAGUGAUCCUGCAACAGCCAGUCUCCCCUGUCAGAUCCCGGCUCACCCAGAUGGAGAUGGUGCCUCCCCUCUGGGCCCCGGGGUGGCCCUCGGCAGCGGUGAGCUGAGGGAGGCCACCGUGGCGAGCUGAACCUGUUCUGUAGUGUCUGUCUGUGGUGGGGGGAGGGGCGGGAGGUUUCGUGAAAUCAUCUGAAUGUCGAGUUCUGUGUGCAAAAUCUUGUUCUUGGAGCAGGGAAUAAAGCUUUCCCGCGGGGGCACUGGACUCCAAGCUGUCUGGGG